AUGGAGAGCCGGGGAAUCAUGGACAGUCUCCAGAGAUUUUCCUCCUUGCCUGCCUAUCUCCCCAUGAGCUACCACAUCUGCAAUGCUGAGGUCUCCUUCUUUCUGAAAGAGGCCAACCAGGACCUCAUGAAGAAUUCCAGUCUGCAGUCCAGGGUGGAGUCCUUCUUCAUCUAUCGAGCCAAGGAGCCCCCCAUUUUGAAUGCCAGUUAUGGCCCCUUUUCUGUGGAGCAAGUGAUCCCCCGAGACUUCCUGCUGACUUUGGCACCCUUUGGCCACUCAGAGAAAUUUACUUUUAAUUGGAAACUAAAGUCACACAUCCUCGACAGCUCCAUUUACUCCAACAGACCUAAAGUGCAGACAUUGUUUUAUGUCACAGGAAUGGACUGGGAGGAGAACAACCCAGUGGAAGAUUUGCCCUGUGUUAAAAUGUUUGCCAUUCUAGAGGCUCGGGAGGUGGUGGCCAGCUGUAGGCUGCAGGGGGACCUGGGGCUUUGUGUUGCAGAGCUUGAGCUGUUACCUGACUGGUUUGACUUUGUCCCAGUCCUGGAUCCUGAGGCAGAGGCUGAGGCUGAGUCAGGAGCAGGAGGCACCCCUGUAGAGUUGUUUUACAAACUGUGCUCUGCUGAUGAAUGGGGCAAGUGUUCCCCAGAGGAUGGCAAGUGGGAGAACAACAUCCAUUUGGGGCAAGAGAAUGCUCAUAAAGGGUUUUCUCCCAUGGAGAGGAUCGGCAGCGUAGUUGUCUACCCAACUCAGGACCAGACGAAGCGGUCCCUUGUGAGGCUAGAUGACAAUCUUGUGAUCUCUCUGCCACUCAAUCCUGUCCGGGAAGGGGACACUGUCACCUUCUUUGUGUCUCUGGCUGGUGGUUCUACUGCAAACCACUUUACUCUCAGCAUAAAAGCUGCUCCUAGGCUCAAGAUCAUGGCGGUGAGAGUCAGCAAUGAAGAUGAGUGGGAGAUCCAGGAGGAAAUUGACAAUGGAGAGAUGCAGACAACGGCAACCCUCGUGUGCGUGGGCCAUAUUCCAGAUACCGAGAACAGGCACGACCUGUUUGAAGAGCUGGCAAAGGAGGAAAAAGAGAGCCGUUUCCCUGAGGAGCAGGAGGAGGAGCAGGAGACAGCAGGGUCACAGAACCUCCAUGAGGAGGGCAUAUCCAGGAGCAGAGAGAUCAACCACUGCUAA